CUCUUACUACUUGAAUAGGACCCUGUCCUGCUCUCUGCGAUGCCUCCAAACACUCCCGGUGACGACCCCCAUCAGAAGCUUCUCGACCAGCUCGACAUCACCCGCAGUCCGCGGCCAUUCCGCAAUCCACAUUGGAAACCCUCCACCCGCCGCAACAAGAACGUUAAGCAGAUCCUCUCAGAAUCAUCGCGGAAGGAAGCCUCAGCCGUUGGAACUCAGGACAACAGUGGGACCUCGACGCCAAAAGGAGCUGGAGCAGCCGCUGAUGGGACAGACACUUCCACUCCCGUCACCACUGGUCCUCAUGCCACCAUAGGUACACCGUCUGGGCCAAUCCCCCGUCCGACAAACAUCGCACAGGCUGCGCAAAGCUUAUCUACCCUUGUCCUUGAGAAGAAUUUCAGCCGCUCGAUGUACGCCAUGGGUCCUGCUGUGACGUAUACGAAUAUCGAAUCGGCGCCAUCGCUACAUGCCGCGCAGCAGAAGCAUUACUGUGAUAUCACCGGCCUUCCAGCGCCGUACAAGGAUCCUAAGACGAGACUACGAUAUCAUGAUAAGGAGGUGUUUGGAGUGAUCCGAUCGUUGGGACAGGGUGUGGCGGAGAGCUACCUUGAGACAAGGGGGGCGCAUGUUGUGUUGAAGUAAAUUAUGAGAUUAAAAGACACAAAGACACAACUAUUUACUGUUGGAAUCGAGAAAGAACGGAAAGAGGAAGGAUAAAACAAAGAGGGAGACAGGCAAUCCCGGCAUGGAAUUGCAGAGUGCAGCGAAACAACGAUACGGACAAACUUGUUUGGCCCCCAAAGUCAAACCCCGUCCACCCACCCUAUCCCUUUCGAGAUGGGGUUCAAGACGACGCUCCGGCUUAAUCGUGACCGGCUUGGAAGAAGCACUUCCGCGAGUUUUUUUUCUCCGCCUGCGUACGUACGCAAUGUAGACGGGUACCGAAAUUCCAUCGAAAGGAAGAUCAGUUACGGCGCCUUCUGAGGACACCGUGGCCUUGGCGGUGGUGGAGAGACAUUUUGAUCUAUAAUCAGCAUGGAAUCUGGUUGAUAGCAGCGCUCUUGAAGCAGGUGCUAUUUCAUGGAGGAAAUUAAACGCCGUGCUGGCAGGCAAGUCAGCCAGGCACG